CUCUGUCUCCCUCUCUCUCUCUCUCUCUCUCUCGAUCACUCCUCCUUGGCAUUUUUAUCCCAAGCCUCUGUUUUCCGCAAUACAAAGCUCUCCUCUUCUCUCUUCUCUCUCUUGCUCGCCGCCAUUGCCAGUGCCAGUGCUUUAGCUUUUCUGCUGUAAAUGGCCUGCAGAUGCAUGUAUAUGGAAGAAUGCUAAACCUUCAAUAAUAUUAUCUUCCUACAGUUUAUUUCUUUCGUAAUAUAUAAUAAAAAAACCAAAGAAAUAAUACCCAUAGUUUUUUUAUUCUUGCCUUAUUCGAUGCUCGAAAUUACACACAUGCCUACUGCUCUAUUUAAUGCUGCUUCUAUAUUUCUAUUCCACGCUUUUGCUUCUUUUAUUCCUUUCUGUCUACUGGCUCAGUUAUUGCCAGUGUUGGGUUUCUCUAGCAAUCUUUGAUUUCUCUUAGUCUUCUUGCUCCUACUAGCCUUUCUUUCUGUUCUCUCUGGAUAUAGAAUAUUGGGUUUGUGAGUUUUUGUCUUGUUGAUCUUCUUUUCUUGAUGUAUUCUUCAAGUUGAUUAGAAGAAGUAGCUUAGUGGGUUUGCGUUUUUGUGGUGUUUAAAUUGGUUAAAAAUCUUUUACGUGUCAUUUUGGAAAAACCAAGACAAGACAACAAUGGCGGAUAAAGACCCAGAUUUCCCUUCUCAGAAACUCCCCUCUGCCUCUCAGGUUCUUGAAGAGCUAAAAGAGCUAUGGGGGAUGGCUUUGCCAAUAACAGCAGCUCAUUUAAUGGCCUUUUUUAGAGCAGUGGUCUCAGUCAUGUUCUUGGGCAGGCUAGGUAGUCUAGAGCUAGCCGGUGGUGCACUAUCUAUUGGGUUCACCAACAUCACUGGCUACUCGGUUCUCGUGGGCUUAGCCUCUGGACUUGAGCCAGUAUGCAGCCAAGCUUAUGGCAGCAAGAACUGGGACCUAUUAUCCCUCUCUCUUCAACGCAUGAUCUUAAUCCUCUUCAUAGCAAUCAUACCCAUCAGCCUCUUAUGGCUUAAUCUUGAAUCCAUCAUGAACUUCAUGGGUCAAGAUCGAGACAUCACAGCAAUGGCAGCAACAUACUGUAUUUACUCUCUCCCUGAUCUUUUAACAAACACGUUGCUGCAACCUUUGAGGGUAUUCCUAAGAUCACAGAAGGUGACAAAACCCAUAAUGUAUUGUUCUCUUCUGGCUGUUAUAUUCCACGUGCCACUGAACUACAUACUUGUGGUGGUGAUGGGAUUGGGGGUCCCUGGGGUGGCAAUGGCAUCAGUGGUGACUAACAUGAACAUGGUGGCUUUGAUGGUGGGAUAUGUGUGGUGGGUAAGUGGACGGUGGGAGAUGAAAUGGUCAGGUAGAAUUGGAGGAGUGUGUGGUGGGGUGGGUCCAUUGUUGAAGUUGGCAGUACCUAGUUGUUUAGGGAUCUGCUUGGAGUGGUGGUGGUAUGAGAUAGUGAUUGUAAUGGCUGGGUACUUGCCUAAUCCCACUCUGGCUGUGGCGGCCACUGGGAUUCUCAUUCAGACCACUAGCAUGAUGUACACUGUGCCUAUGGCCCUUGCUGGUUGUGUCUCUGCUCGGGUGGGCAAUGAGCUUGGAGCUGGUAAGCCAUACAAAGCCAAGUUGGCUGCUAUGGUUGCAUUGUUGUGUGCUUUUGUGAUUGGUAUCAUCAAUGUCACUUGGACAGUCAUCCUUAGAGAGAGAUGGGCUGGUUUGUUCACUAAAGAUAGUCUUGUUAAAGGUCUUGUAGCCUCAGUUUUGCCUAUAAUAGGCCUUUGUGAGCUUGGCAACUGCCCUCAAACAACUGGUUGUGGUAUCCUACGUGGCACGGCACGACCUGCGAUUGGAGCCCGUAUCAACUUAGGCUCAUUUUACUUUGUGGGUACCCCGGUCGCGGUGGGCCUGGCCUUUUGGCUCAAUAUAGGGUUUGCUGGGCUGUGGUUUGGGCUACUUUCGGCCCAGGUGGCUUGUGCUAUGUCUAUUCUCUAUGUUUUGUUGAUUCGGACGGAUUGGGAACACGAGGCUAUGAAGUCUAGGAAGCUGACCAGCAUUGAAAUGAGUCCAAGCAAUGGUGUUAGAGGUAAUGAACACGAGAAAGAAGAAGAAGAAGAUGAUGAUGAAAGUAGAAGGUUGUUGGUUAAUGGAAAUGGUAACAUACCAUAGGAAGAUGGAAUUUGAGGAAGAAUCAAUAUGAGUUGAGCGUGUGAAAGAGAUGGUGAUGAGCUUUAUGGGAUUUGUUUUUGUCUUUUAACUACUUUUUGGGGAUGAUCUGACUCAUGCUGAGAAUAUGUUUGCUGUUUUUUUUUUUUAAGUUUUUCUUUUUGGAAGGUGGGGGGUGGUUUGUUUUGAUGGGGAUGUCAUGGAGAACCUUAUAUAUAUUGUUGGAGUUGUCAUGAAGCUGUUUGUGGCCAGAGAAGAAUGUCACUCACCAUAUAUAAAAGAAAAGAAAAAAAAAAGUUGUACAAAUUUUAAGAGGAAUGGCCUACUUUUUUGCUGCU